AUGUUCUUCAGCGCGGUUGUACAGGCGGUGAAGAAGGGUCCAAACUCCACCGGCGGGCUGGUCUGGAAGACCCACGCGUUCUGGAGGGUUUCCAAGACGCGCAAGGCGAACCAGCUCAAGAAGUUGAAGCAGGUGCGCGCGGUCGACGCGGUCCUGAAGGAGGCGGAGAAGCUCGAGCUCGCCGAGCUCGCGAAGGCGGCGAAGCUCGUCACCGAGGCAUUACCGGGCGCGCCCAAGUGA